AAUCCUCAAAACCCAAUCAUCUCUUCUUUCUUUCACCAACAAAUCCAAGCUCUUCCAAUGGAGUCAUUGGUGCCUUUUCCUCGCCUGGUUCCCAUUCUGACUGUAUCUUUGGUGGUCUUGAUGAUGCCAGUUUACGGCCAAAUCAAUACGCCAUGCUCGCCUUCUGUGCUGUCCGCCUUCAGUCCUUGUAUGAAUUUCAUUACAAACAGCACUGCUAAUGGUACAUCACCAACUGCAGAUUGUUGCAAUGCACUUAAGUCCUUCACAAAUGGUGGCAUGGACUGCUUGUGCCUAAUUGCUACUGGAAGUGUUCCUUUCCAGAUUCCGAUCAACAGAACUUUGGCUAUCUCUCUUCCCCGCGCUUGUAACAUGCCUGGCGUUCCUCUCCAAUGCAAAGCCUCUGGAUCUCCAAUUCCAGCUCCAGGUCCGAUCGCUUUUGGCCCGAAUCUCUCCCCUAGAGCUUCUGUAUCUCCUAGUCCAACAGCUUUACCUCCAGAUUCGGACACAACGCCGCUCCUCACACCGCCAUCCCGGACAUCCGAUGCUGGAGCCCCAACCACAACUACUGGUGGCGGUAGCAGCCCGGCUCUAAACCCAACAUCAGCUGCUUUUCCCUCGCACAGCACUUCACCGGCUGUUCUGUUACUUGCCUUAGGAUUUGCAAUUUUCAACUACUUUUAGAUUGUUUGAUUAGGAUAUAUAUGGGGACUAAAAGGGAUUCCACAUUGCUAUUUGUACUUUUAUGCAGGCCAUAUGCUUCUUGAAUUAUUCUUUUGGGGGUUUUUAUAUAUUCUUUUGGGCUUGUAAAAUGUCACAUUGACUGAUUAUUCAUGUAAGAUGAACCAUUUAUUAUGAAUAUUGUUUGUUUACUAGAAA